AUGCCCCGACUGCCGUUGUGUCGGGUCGACUCGUCUGCAGAUUUGGGUGAAGCGCCCGUCACGCUGCCAACAGUCGGCACAGAUCUCACAUUUCGGAAAAAGAGGAUAACACGAGAGUUUGGAGGCUGUAUGGGGCCCAUUUGGCCAAAAUACUACUUAGAUUGCACAUCUGUUAUUUUGAGUAUCAAUAAUGCAUUUUCGUUCAUGGUGGCCAACAUCUCCCAGAUUUCAUCCUCAUGCGUUCAGCUGCUGUCUGUACUCUCUGCUAAGCCACUUCAAGCUGCUGCUGUACUUGCACUUUUCAACAAAAGGGAUCUGCCAUGCACACUGUCUCUUGUGGAGCUGAAAUCAUUGUUCAGAAUUGAUCACAUCAUUAAAACUGCACCUCAGUCAAUCACAACAUAAGAGAUCAGUGCCAGUUCUGGACAGGAUCUUUAGGAAGUGCUUAACUGGCUCUUUUCAAACCGUUCUGACACAUGA